AUGAAUAAAUUAAAAUCAAAUUUUAUUUUAAAUAUUGUUAUUUUAUUUACAAUUUUAAUAUUUAAUAUUAAUUUUAUAAAUUGUGAAAAUCAAAAACAACAACAACACCAACAACAACAACAACAACAACAACAACAGUCAUCAUCAACAACAACAACAUUACCAAUUUAUUCAAUUAAAUUUUCAAGUGAAACAGGAUUUACAAUUUAUUCAGGAAAUGAUUCAACAUCAAUUGCACAAAGUGGAUUUAGUAAUGAAAUGAUGACAAUGGGAUGGGCAUAUUUAACGAUUACAACCAAUUCACAAUUUGAAGAUUCAUUACAAGCAGAAGCAGCAGGUUAUAUUGAAGGUUAUUUAACAUUUGAAAUGAUUUGGCAAUGUUGGUAUAAUAUUUUAGUUAAUGAAUAUCAAAAUCAAACUAUACCAAAUCAAGUUUUAAAUUGGGCAAAUGAAAAUAUUGCCUAUAUGAAACAACAAGUUGCAACCAAUGAAAAUGAUCCAUAUUGGAUUAACAUUGGAUUAGUAUUAACUCAAUUAUCUGGUAUGGUAGAUGGUUAUAAUGCUGCAAAUCAAGACCCAUCACGUCAAUUAUCAUUUUUAGAUUUCAUUUUAAUUAAUAUGGAUGCUGAUUUAGGUGAUAUCAGUAGUACUUUUAAUCAAUCUACUUCAUUUUCUGAAAUUUCAAAUUUUAAAAAAUCAAUGGAUCAUAUUAAAAAAACUGAUCAUUGUUCUGGUUUAAUUAAAUUAACUGAUGAUUUAACUGAGUUAUAUUCUGCACAUACAUCAUGGAGUAGUUAUAUUAAUAUGUUAAGAAUUUUUAAAUCAUAUAAUUUUAAAUUUUCAAGUAUUACAAAUAUAAAAUCAAAAUUAACAUUAUUUUCAGGAUAUCCAGCAACAAUAGCAAGUUUAGAUGAUUUUUAUUUAUUAGAUACAAAAUUAGUAGUAUUAGAAACAACAAAUGGGUUAAAUAAUAAUGAUUUAUAUUAUUUAAUUAAACCUGAGUCAGUAUUAACUUGGAUGAGAGUUAUCAUUGCAAAUCGUUUAGCAAAUGGUGGUCAAUCAUGGUGUGAAACAUUUGAAAGGGAAAAUAGUGGUACCUAUAAUAAUCAAUGGAUGAUAGUUGAUUAUAAUAAAUUUGUACCAGGUGUAAAAGUACGUGAUGGUACAUUAUUCGUAUUGGAACAAGUACCAGGUUAUAUCGAAUUCGCUGAUGUUACUAAUGUAUUACGUACUGGUUAUUGGCCAAGUUAUAAUAUUCCUUAUUUUGAAACUAUUUUCAAUAUGUCUGGUUUCAAUGACGAAUUAACCGAUUCAAGUGAUUAUGAAGCUUAUGAAGAGGACGCUCGUUCACAAAUCUUUAGACGUGAUGCAAAUAAAGUUUAUUCUUUAACUGAUUUUCAAGCAAUAAUGAGAUAUAACAACUUUCAAAAUGAUCCAUUAUCUCAUGGUGAUGCUGCUAAUCAAAUCUCUUCAAGAUUUGAUUUAAAUUCACCAGAUUCACAAGAUUAUGAUGCUUUUGGUGGUGUGGAUAGUAAAGUUACCUCAUUCUCAUUGGUUAAUCAAUUAUUGGUAAUAGCUCAAUCUGGUCCAACUCAUGAUCAAGAACCACCUUUCCAAUGGUCUUCUGCUAAUUGGUCAAAUAUAUAUCCUUCAAUUGGUAUGCCGAAUCUUUAUGAUUUUGGUUGGGUAAAUUUUACUGAUAUAUCUUAUAAUUAUUAA